AACGCGCGCUCCACUUCGAUCCAGCCGCCGCCGCCGUCACCGGAGUAGUUAAGCUCGCCGGAGAAGCAACCAAGAUGGCCGGAAGGAAGGGCGGCGAUAGGAAGAAGGCGGUGACCCGCUCCGUCAAGGCCGGGCUCCAGUUCCCCGUCGGCCGCAUCGGCCGCUUCCUCAAGAAGGGCCGCUACGCCCAGCGCGUCGGCUCCGGCGCGCCCGUCUACCUCGCCGCCGUCCUCGAGUACCUCGCAGCAGAGGUCCUGGAGCUCGCCGGCAACGCCGCCAAGGAUAACAAGAAGUCCCGCAUCGUGCCGCGCCACCUGCUGCUGGCCAUCCGCAACGACCAGGAGCUCGGCAAGCUGCUCGCCGGGGUCACAAUCGCCCACGGCGGCGUCCUCCCCAACAUCCAGUCCGUGCUGCUCCCCAAGAAGGCUGCCGAGAAGGCUGAGAAGGCGGAGAAGUCGCCCAAGAUCGCAGGUCUGUCCUACGCCACCAAUGAGAUUGCUCUCAAUAAUGCGUUCACUCAGCACGGUGAUUUUGUCGAAGUUAAAGUUGUAUGCCAUCCUGUGACGCGGAAAUCCAAAGGAUAUGGUUUCGUCAAGUUCUCUUCAGAAAAUGAAGCAGCAGCAGCAUUGGAGAAGAUGAGCACCAAGGUUGUUCUGUAGAUAUAGCACAACUAA